AUGGACCAGGUUUUGCCACGUGGAAAACAAACUUAGCCACUACCGAUAUUCUUGAAAUACCGUUACUCUGUUACUCCGUUACUUGAUGGUUGUUUGGUGUUCUCUGGUUCUUAUUGAAAGAAAAGUCUGUCCUCACUUUCCCACUCUUUCUAUAACCGAUUCUUGUUUGGUUUCCUAGAAAAUUAGGAUGGAUAAUAAUAUCUCGCAAAAGGAUGAGACAAGGGAAUGUUGUAGAAAGGGAGCAUGUGAGUACAAGCCAAGAAAACCUCUUUCUGAAGAUACAAUCCCUCACAUUCUCAACUUAUAUGGGUCUCGUGCCACGCCUCAAGAUUUUGAAAUCUAUGCUCCAAAUGCUUCUUUUGAAGAUCCGCUCAUGUGUGCUCAUGGGGUGAAGCAGAUCGAAUCAACUUUCUAUUCAAUUUCUAAGGUCUUUAGUGAAUCAGGAAUCGUUGAAUACAGUGUGAAAGAAAAAACAAUAUUGUCAGCAGGAAAGCAGGAGAUAUUAAUUGACAGCAAACAGCACUAUAAGUUCCUUGGAAGAAAUAUAGAUUUGAUAUCACUCAUUAAGCUAUACAUCGAGGAUGGGAAGGUAGUUCGCCGUGAAGAUUGGUGGUACAAGAAGCCAAUUGGAAACAGAGAAACAAUCAGGUUUCCUCUGGUUGGCCACUUAAUGGAAACACUUCGCCGAGGAUCAAUGCUUGCAGCUCAUUCUUUGAUGGGAUUCGGAAAGGACCCCUCCACGUAAAGUUACUCUUACAAUCAAACAGAUACAUCGUGUUUUUCUUCUGCUAAACUUGUGUUCAUGUUUUUAUGUAUUUCUUGCUUAAUCAUGUCAGCAAGCCAUAUUAUUGCUAUACGAGUAUUUAGCCAAGUCACUAUUGAGCUUGUAUUAAAUCUGUGUUAUUGGUUCUGCUUUAAAUUAGCAUUACAAGCAAUAAUCAGCAAAAACAAGUUUGUAUUCGAGUAUUGUAUAUAUAAUCUCCAGCAGCUUUACAUACAA